AUGAAGCUCCUCAGCCUGAUGACCACGCUUGUGUGGUCUGCCCUACAAUUUCACCAAGUCAUAGCCUUGUCCAACAUUACAUUUUACUCUGACAACAAGUGCUCUCAAUUCAAGACUGUGACGACAGGUCCAGACGAUGGUACUUGUACACCUUUUCCGACAAACACGCAGGGUUUUCUUAGUUUCAUGGUCACCAGUUUGGAUCAGACAUGUGCAGUCACGGUAUAUGGCAGUGAUGUCGCUUACUGCAGUUCAACGACUUUGUUCCUCGCUGCCUUCUCCGACUGCAUGACCACAACCAACGUCAGUCAAUUCUCUGUCGACUGCCAGAGCAUUUCCGUUGCAACAUCGGCCGAGCCAUCCGUGGUUCCCUCUGGAGCUCCUGACCCUUCUCCGGUGUCGACGUCUGCUUCUUCCAACACCGACACAGGCCUUUCUGGGGGCGCCAAAGCUGGCAUCGCUAUUGCUGCGGCUGUGGGGGGCCUGUCACUUGUCGCCCUGAUCGUCUUCUUGGUGGUCAGGGGCAACCGCCGGAAGCGACAAGAUGGAGAGGUCGGUAGAGUUUUUGAAGCCGACAAUACAAUGGCUGCACCUCCCUAUUCAGCCGAAAUGCCAACCGACGAGAAGAAAGUCCCAGUGGAAAUGCCGUCAGCAGUGAUGGCCGUCGAAGCUCCAGGUGAUGCGCACUGGCCAGCCCCGCAAGAGAUGCCGGGCGAUUACACACAUUCAGAGAUGGAUGGGUCAAGUCCCUCACAGCCAAAGGACGAUAUCAAAACCGUGCUAUCGUCCGAGGCUAAGACCCUUGUGGGAUCGGACGCAAAGCUGGACAUGAAGUCCAAGCCGAAUUCACAGCCUUAA